GGAGAGAGAAGUAACCUGGCUACCCUGAUGUUCAGCGUUGUGAAGGGAUUAAUGUGGAACAACAAACUGCUGCAGGCACACCUGCUCGCAGAACGACAGCAACGACAAAAGCACCAGCAAGAGGUGGCUGCUUUGACGGCCGUCGUCCGCGGCGCAACAACGCAGCAGCAGCAACAGCAACAACUGUUGAACUCUACUCUCGCACGCAUCAACGACAUCGAGGCUAAGACCUCAGCAGCACCAAGCUGCACGCCGGAUGCGACGAAGCAGCUCAACGAGCGCAUCAAUCACGUCGUCACUAUCAUUGGCGAACUAGGUGAUUACACUCGUCCGGCCACGAUCAGCAGCGCGGUGGCCGCCAUCAAGACGAGCAUCACCAUACUGCAGACAAGACCGGACGCCGCUACAAAGAAUUACAAGAUGCCGCACUUUGACAUCAACAAGUUCGACGACUACAACAAGUCGGACGCCUUGACAUGGUGGCAACGUUUCCUCACGGAAGCAGCAUGCCGCACUGUCCCGGCUGACGACAUGAUGAAGGCGCUCUACUUACAACUGAUUGGAGGAGCGCAGACCUGGAUGAACCAUCUGGCGGCUACCAACAAAUGCACCAUCGCCGAACUCCACACGCACAUCCCGUGGAAGGAGUUCGAGAAGCUAUGGUUCACUCGGUUCAUGGUCCGUAACGUCGUGAAGGCGGCCAUGAACGAGGUGUACACCUCCUCUCAAGGGAAUAUGCCAACUCGAGACUCGACAACCAAGUGGCAAAAGAUAGUGACCACGCCAGGUUUUGAUUUGAGUUCUUCGAACCAACGAUCCGAGUUCUUCUUGCGAUCGUGUGCAGGACUGCGAACCGCACUCGGCAACGAGUACGAUUACGCCUCAUUCCAGACCAUCCUGGAUCGUGCGAACUUGGUCAUCCAAACGGAUGACAAGGCCGCAAACGAACGGCAGUCCCAGCCGCAUUAUGUGGCUAAGUCGGGCUAUCAACGACCGGCACAUAAUAAUGUCGUGAUUUCUGACGAAACAGUCGAUCUUCACGCUUCAGCAGCAUCCUCGAGUGAUGGAGGAAUUGUAGCAGCGCUCCCGCCGAAGCGUCCCAAGAGAGUUCGGAAGAACAAGGCGACACAAGAGACGGCAUCGACGGGAACUGGGCAGCAGCCAUGGACGACAUACAAGAUCACCAAGGAAAUCUAUGACCUUCGUCAACGAAUUCGCGACGCCAUAGCUUGGAAUACCGUCGAGGAAAUGGGCCUUGUAUUCUUGCAUGCUCUCCCCUCGCCGGACGGACCAGCCGCGUCACCGCCGGACCCACGCAUCACUCACCUCUUGGACGAGUAUGGAGACGUCUUCGAGGCUCCCACCGGAACGGUUCCGGAUCGGCCCAUACGUCACGGGAUCACUCUCGAGGCUGGUGCCGUCCCUCCGCGUGGAUGUAUUUACCGCAUGAGCGAAGAGGAACUCGAGGUGCUUCGCGCACAACUCGAUGACCUUCUCUACAAGGACUGGAUUCGCCCUAGUUGCUCGCCAUACGGUGCMCCUGUUCUCUUCGUCCGGAAGAAGAACAAAGAUCUACGGUUAUGCAUCGACUAUCGUAAACUUAACGCACAAACCGUAGAGAACGCCGACCCUCUCCCUCGGAUUGAUGAUCUCCUUGAGCGGUUAUGCGGCGCGACGUACUUCUCGAAGUUGGACUUGAAGUCGGGUUACCACCAGAUUGAAAUCCAGCCUCAAGAUCGGUACAAGACCGCGUUCAAGACACGGUACGGGCAUUUUGAGUGGGUUGUCAUGCCAUUUGGCCUCACCAAUGCCCCCGCGACUUUUCAAGCAGCUAUGACGACUGAGUUUCGCGACUUGCUCRAUCGYAGCGUCCUYAUCUACCUCGAUGACAUYUUGGUCUAUAGCAGGACGUUGGACGAGCACAUCAUACACCUUCGCGCUGUUUUGAAUCGUUUGCGACUGGCCAAGUACAAAGCAAACCGCGACAAGUGUGAGUUCGCCAAGCAGGAGCUUGAGUAUUCGGGCCAGUAUGUUACGCCGAAAGGCAUCCGUCCCUUACCGGACAAGAUCCAAGCCAUCGUGGAUUGGCCGGAACCCCAUUGCACGAUGGAUGUACGCUCUUUCAUGGGUUUGGCUGGAUAUUAUCAGCGAUUCGUCGAGUCGUACUCGAAAGUGUCCGCCCCUUUGUAGAGACUUCAGUCCCCGAAGGUGCACUUCGAGUUCGACGACGUAGCCGGUGGCGC